AUGUCAAUUCUUCAACCUCAUCAAUUCUCAAGCUCAAUCUUCUAUCCAGAUAUGCGACUCGCUGAAUCAAAAGAUGUCAUUCUACAGCCGUUGUCACUCUUGGUAUGGUUUUCAGGUGCAGUACCUUGUCACCUCGCUCAUUCGAAUAUUCCUAUUGAAAUGUCUGUGUCUUUGAAAGACGAAUACAAAUCAUUCACGGUACCGGUAAUGAGGAUAGCAUCUCAGCAGCCUCAUCCCUCAAUAAUUCAAUCUUACUCUGUAACUGAUAACGACGUGUCAUUUCCUUUCCUUCCACUUCUGCCAACAUUCGACCACACGGAUUCUGACCACUGGGCGGAACUAUUGGACAACAUCCAAUCAUGGCUCGUGAAAUCUGUGGAUCCGAGUACACCUGAAUGGGCUUGGGGGCUGGGAAGUGUUCUGGGCCAAUUUAUCAAGGAGUGGGUGGGAAGCGGCGGCAUUUUCAGUACAGUCAUCGACGACGACAACAGCGAGCUAGCCACUGUCUCUACACACACUGAUACCCUGGACUACAUUCGGACUGAAUUUUCGAGGCACAUCACGCUUUUUUAUCCCCAUCCUUUGGUUUCUACUUCAUGA